AACUGUUCCUUCCACACGACGGUGGCGCUGACCAAUUUGCCAGAUCGUGAGCUGCACUUGUGUCCUUCAUUCCGGCUAACCUGCAACAAAUGGAGAUGGAAUACCUGCGAUCCAACGUUCAGCUGCCCACGUUGACAAUGACCACCACAACCCCCAUCAAGUCUGAUCCUUUGAAGACAAAGGUCGCCGACGACGUGGGUACUCUACCGGUAGAUCUCGAAGGCGAAGCGGAUGCGUUGGCCGAUGAAGACGAUGAAGAGGAUAACCAAGCAAUACACAUCGAGGGGGAUCUCGUUCCGCUGCACAGUGCGUUUGUGUCGUGGAAGAGUCCUACCCAUGCUAACGAAGAUCGCGCCGUGAUUUACCGCGGAUCUCGGUUCAGCGUGUUUGCAGUCAUAGAUGGCCACGGCGGGGACUUGGCCUCCGAGUUCGUGAAGACGCAUUUAGUGGAUAUCCUCGACGAGGAGCCAGAUCUGACGACCGCGAGCCUUCGUCAUGCCACCGCCACGCUCGAGCGGCGGUUUGGAGAGCUCGCCACGGCCGCCAACGACUUCAGCGGCGCUUGUUUUGUGGCGCUGGUGGUCGUGGAGGACGGAAGUCGCACGAGGUUUGUCAUCAACUGUGGGGACUGCCGCAUUUCUGCGCUGGAGCGACUAAAGAAGCACCGGCGCGAGUACAAGGCGCUGUCCACCGAUCACAAGGCGAGCUGUCCCCUCGAAAAGCAGCGCAUCGCCAGGGCAGGAGGGUAUGUCAUCAUGGACCGAGUCGCGGGGGUUUUGGCGCCGUCUCGAAGCAUCGGGGACCUCGACAUGAAGGUACCCGGCAUGGAAGGAUGGGUGGUAGCCGACCCCGAGAUCAACGAGGACGUGCUGUGUCGGGAUAGUUUGUACGUGCUGGCGACCGACGGUGUGUGGGACGUCAUGUCGGACCGCGACGUGCUGCGUCUUGCAGAAACGUCUUGGCUGGACAACCAAGUAGCGCACGACGGUACCGUCGGGUGCGCGAGUUCAUGCGAAGCGAUCGCUCAAGAUAGCGUCGCCCGCGGCAGUCGCGACGACAUCACGUGCAUUGUCAUUCGAACAGGUGACUGGUGAGCGACGUGGCUUUGCCGUAGCUAAGAGUACAUAAACAUAUAUAUGCAUUCGCCGUUCGUCUAACUACAGCGUCUCCAAAAUGGGAUACGAUCACAGGUCAAGCAACAGCAUGUCGUCCAGUCCAUCGAAUUUCAGUACA